CAAGGUCUGGUGUCAUCUGAUACAUGGGCAGAUGACUGAGUUACAAUACUAGUGAGUGUCUAAGAGAGGAGCAGACAGUGCUGAGUGAGCUCAGAGCGGGGAGGGCAAGGCUUCCCAGAAGAGAUGGAAUUUGAGUCGGAUGUUGGGAAUGCAGUGGGCAGGACAUUCCAGGCCCAGGAGGCACGACCCAGGGCGGGCUCUUUGUGUGGGGGGAGGAGCACAAGAUGAUGCAGGAGAGGAAGGACGGGUCACUUGUGGAGCAACCUGAAUUCAAGGCUGACAAAUUGGGACUUGACUCAGAGCUUAAUUGGCAGCUGAUGAAGGGUUUUGAGCGAAGAGUGACAUGCCCAGCUGUGUUCAAUUCAGUAAAUAUUUAGUAAGCACCAGCUGUGUACAGGACACCAGGCUAGCCUGGGGGAUUCAGACAUAAUAUUGGCCAUCCUUGUGUCUGCCAGGGGCUUCCUGACUUAGGGGCAAGACCCUGAAUCCGAGUCAAGACAGUGAAGCUGCCUGGAAAUGGGAAGGCCCCAAAAACCUGGAGAAGAAAUGCUCCCAUGAAGACCAUUUCCACCCUUCCCUUCCCAAGAAAAAAAAAAAGAAAAAAUAUUGGGGGGGGGGAGUGAGGAGAGAAGCCCUCCAGCCCCCACCCACUGAAUUGUCUACCUUCUUCCCUCCCAGUUGUCUCUGCAGCUGCCGAAGGGUUUGUUUAUGUGGGGGAUGAGUGACCUUGCCACAGAAGGCCUUGGCUGGGCUCUUGAGAAAAAGAGAAUAUGACCAAGUAUGAUGAGGGAGACAGGAUCCGUGGGCCCACGGGAGGGGGGAAUACAGGCUUUGUUGGGGUUGCGGAAAGCACAUGGCUUCUUGUCUUUGGGAUAGUGGAAAUGAAUCAGUGGCUUGCAGAGAAACGGCCUUUGGGGCCCUGGCCCCCGAGCUGCAGCUCUCAGCUCCCUUCUGGGAGCUCACGUAAAAUGAUGUAACAAAGUGAAAAGGCAUUGUGCAAGCAGGCCUCCUCUCUCCCCUUGCCUCACUCUGCUGCUGUCUGUAUUGAGGGAUGCAUGCUGACACUCCGUGCUGCGCUCUCAGCUCUGAAUCAGCCAAGUUGGGGAAAAGACCCAGGAGUAGGGGGUGGCAUCUUGCUGUAGGAGCUAAAAUCCGAGUAAGCCCCAAUCCUCUAGUGGAGCUCAGCUGCAAGCUUGCUGUGGCCUUGGCUCUCUGUGGACAGCUGAGAAUGGCCAGCAAAGGGCCCACACCCUCAACAUCUCCUGAGAACUCCAGUGCGGGGGGCACGAGUGGCAGCAGCAAUGGCCCCGGCGAGAACGGCAAUCAGGACAGCACUUUCGAGUGCAACAUCUGCUUGGACACGGCCAAAGAUGCCGUCAUCAGCCUCUGUGGCCACCUCUUCUGUUGGCCAUGUUUACAUCAGUGGCUGGAGACCCGACCAAACAGACAGGUGUGUCCAGUGUGCAAAGCAGGGAUCAGCCGAGAUAAAGUGAUCCCUCUGUAUGGCAGGGGCAGCACUGGGCAGCAGGAUCCCAGAGAGAAGACGCCUCCCCGACCUCAGGGACAGAGACCAGAGCCUGAGAACAGAGGGGGAUUUCAAGGCUUUGGCUUUGGAGAUGGCGGCUUCCAGAUGUCGUUUGGGAUCGGAGCCUUUCCUUUUGGCAUCUUCGCCACAGCGUUCAACAUAAACGACGGGCGGCCUCCUCCAGCUGUUCCCGGGACUCCCCAGUACGUGGAUGAGCAGUUCCUGUCCCGUCUCUUCCUGUUUGUGGCCCUGGUGAUCAUGUUUUGGCUUUUGAUCGCGUAACCCUGUGUCUGUGGCCUGGGUAGGUGGCGGCGGUGGCAGGGCCUCUUACCUGGUCACCAACCCUCGCCCACCCCUCUUUGAACUCCUGCUGUCUGUCUCCUGCACUCCCCAGGGGCCAGGAAUCGGUGGGGUCAGCGACACAGGGAGGCGCUCUGGCUUGGGGAGCAGAGCUUUGGAACGAAAUGAACUCGAUUUGGGUGAUGAGUCCACAUCUUGGUGUGGUCCCACUGCAGCCUCAGGCCUGGCCCGAGCAGUGUGUAACAGCUUUAGAGACCCUGUGCCAGCCAACUCGGAGGGGAUGGGCCUGAGGUGGGGAGGGGCUAGGGAGAGAGGAGCCCCUUUGCUACCAUCUGCAUACAACAUCGAAAAAGUAAAGGGAAGGACCCCUCGAUAUUUGGAACUGUAGACUUGCUCUCCUUACACUCUGCAAAACAGCACGUCCAACAGUAGUCUCACCUGACUGCGUGUGUGGACCACCUAUGCACACAACAGCCCAAGGCCAGGACCCGGGGCUGGGGGCUCGCCUUCUGCUCCCAGCCCAGCUAUCCAGCCCAGUCUUCCUCCCGAUUCCUCAGAUGACCCCGGGGGCAGACAGCACAGCUCUCUCUGGUAGCUUGGCAUAUUUGAGCCACCUGGACACUGGCUUGGCCCUGGGCUUGGGCCUCAAGCCUCAGAGAGGUCUUGACCAGCUCUGCCUGUGGGCUUCCCGUCCCCUGCUUGCAGGGAGUUGUAGCCAUGCUGGCUUCUCUCUACCAGGAGGAGUGACAGUGAAAGCUUGCCCAGGCCCCAAAGACAAACCUAAGAAGGAGGGGAAAUUCGAGCCACUAAAUUAAGUUUAAGCUUCAGUUACUCGCAUCUCUCCUGGAAAAAGGAAACCGAUGUCACCAGAGGCAGCCCCCAUCUGGAGCUCUCCAGCCCAGCUGCCUGUCUUCUGUCAGUCAGGGAGCAGCGGGGCGCGACUCUGCCAGACCUGGCUGCCGUUCUUUCUCAAGUCCAGGCCGCUGGGGCUUCCCAAGCACCGAGAGCCUCUUAGGCCUGUGCUCUUAAAGGAGAUGACUCCUGACUCCUGCAGGGAGAGAGAUGCCUUAGACUCAGUCCAUGGCUUUUCCCUCUUCAUUCAGAAUCUUGAGAAGAAAGGUGCCUCGCUGUCAUCAUUGCUUUGGUUUCUUGUUUCUUUGAAUCUGAUCAAUAAGAAGUAGGGCGCCAAACGGCUCAUCAUGUACCAUCCUGUUUAAUUAUCUAUCCAUCUUUCUGUGUCUGUGUGUCUGCCUGCCAAAAAGGUCCCCGGCAUUGCUGUGGAAGAAGCCCAGCCCUGGGAUUUCUCAGGGAAGUCCCUUCCUGUGUGUGAAAUCUGCCUUCCUCUGGCUCAGCUCCUCUUGAGAAAUAAGGCCCUUCCUGCUUUGGGGUUGUGGCGGCCUCAAGCAUUCAGUCCAAAGAUACCUGGAAAAGGGAAUGACUGUGCCCCCUGCAACCUUUCUCCUUCCCCAAGUCUCCCCCCUCCGUCUCCGGCCUUACCAAAGCCCAAGCCCAGUGUUGAAAUGUUCAGAACCAAGUAUUCUGUAGGUGUCGCGGUGGCCGAGUGAGGGUCAUGGAGCCGGGUGCUUGGGUGGCCCCUGUAUGUGUGAUCAAGGAGCUUGUCCCCCUAGGGACCCCCAACCUCGGGUGAGCACCCCCCCAAAUCCCCAAAAGCCUGAGGUUGGGAGGUUUCAAGAGUGGGUACUGGCUACAAGGUAGUACAGUGUCCCCUCCUGGCUAUAAGAGAGAGGCAGGGGAGGCAGGUUGGAAUCUACAAAACGGGGAUGGAAAGAGGUUCUCAGAACUGGGCCCAGCUCUCCUCUCCUUUGAGCUGUGGCAAGCUUCGCCUGCCUUGGCCAGAAGUCGGGUGGGCCUGCAGUGGUAGCAGCAGCAGCAGGUUUGAGACUACCAGCCUGGUCCAGCCCGGUCCAGCCUGGCCUGGAGGCUCCUUCACCUCCACCUGGCAAUCCAGUGACCUUACACUUCUUCCUUUCCAAGUUAAUGCAUUUCUUCCUUUGGGAGCUCUUGGCCCUUUUUUCCCCUUUUAUUCCUUUGUAUUAAUUAGGACUGUGCUCUGGUCACAGUUAGACCAUCAAUGACACUAUGUACCUUGAGAUACAUUUACUGGUUACUAAUUUUCACUGUUGUGAAAGUGAUUUGAUUUAGAAGAAAAAUAAAAAUGGUUUUACAUUGA